AUGAUCACAGUUAUCGCUGCAGCAGAAAGUGGUUUCAAGGCAGUUGGCUUUGAGCUGAACCCAUGGCUGGUCUGUUACUCCCGAUGCAAAGCCUGGAGGGAAGGUGUUCAUCACAACACAUCUUUUUAUAUUUCUGACCUUUGGAAGGUCAGUUUUUCAGAGUACUCCAAUGUGGUCAUCUUUGGCGUUCCUCAAAUGAUGGAGCAGCUUGAAGUCAAGCUUCAAACAGAGCUCCAGAGUUCAGCCAAAGUAGUGGCUUGUCGCUUUCCAUUUCCCACUUGGACUCCUGAGGAUGUCGCUGGAGAGGGAAUUGAUACUGUUUGGGUUUAUAAUGCCAAGACAUUCAAACCUCCCAUCAGAAAUGAUAAAGACAAGAAUUAAUGGCAAACUAAGUUUCUUUAAAGAAAGAAUUCCCUAUGUUUUAGUAAAGAAAAUAAGAAUGAGUUUGUUUUUUUCUGCAUUUGUAUUAUAUGACAAAGAAAAGGAUUUGAUAUAUAUUUUCUCAGAGAUGUUGAGUGAUCAUAUCCUGAUAAUAAUAUUUUGUAUUCUUGUUUAAAGCCCCGUUCACACCAA